UGUCAUUGGCGGCUCCCAAGAUGGCGUCCAUCAUGGAAGGGCCGCUGAGUAAAUGGACUAACGUAAUGAAGGGCUGGCAGUACCGUUGGUUCGUGCUGGACUACAAUGCAGGGCUGCUCUCCUACUACACAUCCAAGGACAAAAUGAUGAGAGGCUCUCGCAGAGGAUGUGUUAGACUCAGAGGAGCUGUGAUUGGUAUAGACGAUGAGGACGACAGCACCUUCACAAUAACUGUUGAUCAGAAAACCUUCCAUUUCCAGGCUCGUGAUGCUGAUGAGAGAGAGAAGUGGAUCCAUGCUUUAGAAGAAACUAUUCUUCGACAUACUCUUCAGCUUCAAAUCAGUACCACACUUGCUUUUUUCCAGUCUUCUGGUAUCUCUCCAGUUCUUGAAUUUUCAAAAAUAAUUGGUUUGGAUUCAGGAUUUGUUCCUAGUGUCCAGGACUUUGAUAAGAAACUUACAGAGGCUGAUGCAUACCUACAAAUCUUGAUAGAACAGUUGAAGCUUUUUGAUGAUAAACUUCAAAACUGCAAAGAUGAUGAACAGAGAAAGAAAAUUGAAACCCUCAAAGAGACAACAAAUAGCAUGGUAGAAUCAAUUAAACACUGCAUUGUGUUGCUGCAGAUCGCUAAAGACCAGUAUAUUGCGGAGAAUCACGCAGAUGGAAUUAUAAGUACUAUUAAUCCUGUGGAUGCAAUAUAUCAACCUAGUCCCUUGGAACCUGUGGUCAACACAAUGCCUUCCCAGACUGUCUUACCUCCAGAACCUACUCAGUUGUGUAAGUCAGAGCAGCGUCCAUCCUCUCUACCAGUUGGACCUGUAUUAACAACCUUGGGACAUCAUCAGACUCCAACACCAAAUAGUACAGGCAGUGGCCACUCACCACCUAGUAGCAGUCUGACUUCUCCAAGCCAUGUCAACUUGUCUCCAAACACCGUCCCAGAGUUCUCUUACUCUAGCAGUGAAGAUGAAUUCUAUGAUGCAGAUGAAUUUCAUCAGAGUGGCUCAUCACCAAAGCGCUUAAUAGAUUCCUCUGGAUCUGCCUCAGUCUUGACACACAGCAGCUCGGGAAAUAGUCUAAAGCGCCCAGAUACCACGGAAUCACUUAAUUCUUCCAUGUCCAAUGGGACAAGCGAUGCUGACCUUUUCGAUUCACAUGAUGAUAGAGAUGACGAAGGGGAGGCAGGGUCGGUGGAAGAGCACAAGAGUGUUAUCAUGCAUCUGUUGUCACAGGUUAGACUUGGAAUGGAUCUUACGAAGGUAGUUCUUCCAACAUUUAUUCUUGAAAGAAGAUCUCUUUUAGAAAUGUAUGCAGACUUUUUUGCUCACCCGGACCUGUUUGUGAGUAUUAGUGACCAGAAGGAUGCCAGAGACCGAAUGGUUCAGGUUGUGAAGUGGUAUCUCUCAGCCUUUCACGCAGGAAGGAAAGGAUCGGUUGCCAAAAAGCCAUACAACCCCAUUUUGGGCGAAAUCUUUCAGUGUCACUGGACACUACCAAAUGAUACUGAAGAGAAUGCGGAGCUAGUUUCAGAAGGACCAGUUCCCUGGGUUUCCAAGAAUAGUGUAACAUUUGUGGCUGAGCAGGUUUCUCAUCAUCCACCCAUUUCAGCCUUUUAUGCUGAGUGUUUUAAUAAGAAGAUACAAUUCAAUGCUCAUAUCUGGACCAAAUCAAAAUUCCUUGGCAUGUCAAUUGGGGUGCACAACAUAGGGCAGGGCUGUGUCUCGUGUCUAGAGCAUGAUGAACAUUACAUUCUCACGUUCCCCAAUGGUUACGGCAGGUCUAUCCUCACAGUGCCCUGGGUGGAACUAGGCGGAGAAUGCAAUAUUAAUUGUUCCAAAACUGGCUAUAGUGCAAAUAUCGUCUUCCACACUAAACCUUUCUAUGGGGGCAAGAAGCACAGAAUUACUGCUGAGAUUUUUUCUCCAAAUGACAAGAAGUCUUUCUGCUCAAUUGAAGGGGAGUGGAAUGGUGUAAUGUAUGCAAAAUACUCAACAGGGGAAAAUGUAGUUUUUAUAGAUACCAAGAAGUUGCCUAUAAUUAAGAAGAAAGUAAGGAAGCUGGAAGAUCAGAAUGAGUACGAAUCCCGCUGUGGAAACCACCUCAGCACUGCUACAAGAACUAAAUGAGAUAUAGAUGGAGCCCGUGUAUGAUGCUUGACAUAUGAUAAGUAUCAAGUGGAUGUUGGCUUAUCACCAUCUUUGUAGACAAUCUGUAUAUAGGAUAUAGAUACAUCUCAAAACAUCUUUAGGUCUUAAAAAACUUAAAAACUUGACAGAAUAAACAGUCUUAUUUGCCUAGACUGCCUGUUCAUAGUUUUAAGUGGAAAUCUAUAGACUUUUAUGCUCUGCUGCUCACACAAGGGGAUCUUAGGAUGGCUACUUUUCUAAUCCCUAUGCAUCCUCACUUAUAAAGCAUUGUUUGGACCAGACUUUUCUAAUUACCAUCUUCCAGGCCUUGAGAAGAAGCCAGAUCUCCUCCCCCCACCCCCCAACUUUAAGCCUCUGCAAUGCUUCUCUUGACCCUUACUCUGUAUUCAAACUGCUUCUCCCAGAUUAAUUCAUUCCAGAGGAGUCUUCAUGAAAUGGAACGUCUCAGCUCCUCUCACCUCCCGUGUAGUUUAUUUAAUACAAACUGCUGUUCCCUGGGCUUAUUUAAUAUAAGGGGACACUGACACCCUAGAGAGGUGAACUGACAGCCCCAAGGUCACAUCGCUAGUUUAGAGGUGCAGCGAAAAGUAGUCUCAGUUGAUCUUUCUCCUCUCGUCCCAACCGUGUAUACAGCUUUCUGCACAUGCUUUAUUUCCUUCUUUGACAACUAGCAGUGGGAUCUUCCGAGUCUGUUUUCCACUCCGGUGCCCUGUGUCAGCCUAAGGAGAUUUAGUCUGUGAACUACAUUUAAAGCCAUUUGACUUGUACUGUAAUUACGUUAUGUUCUAGAUGGCUCUAGCCUUUCAUUUUCAAAUUGCUAACUCCUCUCUCCACCAAGUACUUAGCACCUUCACU